AUGAAUAAUAAAUUACUAUAUUUUGGAUUCUGCGAUGCGGUAAUUAGUUUAAUAGCUGGAAUAGUUAAUUUUAUUUAGGUUAGCUGUUGUUUUAACUUUACUAUAAUAUUCAUAGCAGAACUAAUUUUGAUGACUGCAUUUAUUGUUUUGUAAUAUAAAAGGUUUUUGAAUGAGAUGAUUAGAGAAAUAUUUUUAGGGGUUUCCUACCUUGUAUGCUAAAUAUUAUAGAUUGAGUUCUUAGGAUCUCUUUAAUCUUCUGUAUAAACUAUGUUAAUAUAUAGGAAUAUAUUUUCUUUUUAAGUCUCAGAUUAUUUAUAUUAACAACAUCAUUAAAAAGAAUCCCUUUUCGAAUCAUAAUAUUAUCUGUAAUUUAUUUUUACCUUGGAAUCAGAUUACAAUUUUAUAUGAAUAUGUUUUCAUAUUUAGGUUUAGCAUUUGCACCUUUGAUAUUUAUUGUUGAUUAAUCUACAGAAAAUCUUUCUUCUUCAUUAAUUGAUUUUUUUUAAAAAACUUUAACGAAUCCAAUUCUAAUAAUUGAUGCUAAAACAAAAGAGCCUCUUUUUCAUACAAAUCAAAUGGAAUCAGAAUUUAAUUAUACUUCUACAAAUUAAGAUUAUUUUAUACAUUAUCUAUAAUAAUUUUAGAAUUCAUAAUAAAAAACUUUAAAAAGUAUUUUAGAAGAAUAAAAAUUCUAAAUAGAGUAAAAAAAUUAAGGUUAAUAUCUAAAAUUAAAAGAAAUAUUGAAUGAAGAUUAUUAAUACGUUGAAACUUAAUAAAGUAAAAAAAUAGCUACAUUGCUAUAAGAUGAAAUAAAUUAAGAAAAGUAAGACUUGAUAAAUAUUGACAGUCCUAAAUGUUAAAUAGAAAAUUUGAAAUAUCAAGGACUAAAUUAAUAAAAUGAUGAUACUCCUUAACAUGGAAAGAGUAAAUUCCGUUUUAAAAAUAAUUAGAAUAAAUUAUUUGGAUUAAAUGAAUUGAAAUAAAAGAAAAUUAAUAUAUCAAUAUAACACUGUAUUUGGAAGAAGAAGGAAGCUUUUAUGAUAUCUUUAAAAGAUUUAGAGAAUUAAAAAUUAUUAUAAAUAUUAUCUGAGGAGCUUUAAGAAAGCAAAAAAUAAAAUGAUAAUAAAGAUUAAAUAUUGGCAACAGUUUUUCAUGAUUUUAAGACUCCAAUUAAUGGAAUAUGUACGAUUGUUGAAGCUAUGGAAGAGAGAUACAAUCUUAAUGCCCCUUCUAAAUAUUACUUAAGAAUAAUUAGAAAGAAUGUAUAUCUAAUGUUAUACAUGAUUUAUGAUAUUUUAGAUUUUGCUAGAAUAUAGAAAAAUUAAUUAAGAUUGAGUAUUAGUGAUUUUUAUUUAAAUGAAGUGAUUGAUGAAGUAAUUGAAUUAGUUGCCAUUUAAGCAGAAUAAAAAGGAGUUGUUAUACAUACCCAUUAUGAUAUUCCAUCAUAUUAAAUAUAUAGUGAUCCUAAUCGAAUUAAAUAAAUUCUUAUGAAUUUUAUUUCUAAUUCAUUAAAAUUUACUGAAUAAGGAUCAAUAACAAUAUCUGUAGAAUCUCCAUAAACUGAUAGAGUUAAUCAUAUAAUUCGUACUGUUUCGUCUAAGAAUGUUUUCAAUUAAUAAUAAAAUUAAUAAACAGUUGGAUAAUUGCGUAAAUAAUUAUCUGGGAAAUCAGUUAAGUCUUCUCCUGGAUAAAAUAGAAUGGUCUAUACUAUAUCUAUAUAAGAUACGGGUUGUGGUAUUUCAGAUGUUAUUAAACCUAAAUUAUUUAAAAUGUAUGCUACAUAUCCAAGUAAUGAUGUUUAAAAUAAAUCUGGAACUGGUAUUGGAUUAAUGGUUUGCAAGAAAUUAAUUAAAUUAUUGGGUCCAUCAGAAAAAAUAGAACUUUGGAGUGAAUAAAAUAAAGGAACUAAAAUGUCAUUUUAGAUUUAUUCUCGAUUACCUGAUGAUCCAAAAAGAUCUCCUAAUUAUAUAAGUGUUUUUAAAUAAGAGAGUAGUUCUAAAAAUUUUAAUUUAGAUAGUCCUUCAUUAAUCGAUGAAUAAGAAUCUAUGCAAUAAAAAUUUGUAAGAUCUUCAGUUUUACGUGUUUAUUCAAGACCUGUGGAUAAAAAUGAUACUGAAGCUGGUUUUGAUUUUAAUCCAGAAUAUGAAGAUGAAGGAUAACAGAAAUUAUAAAAUAUUAAUAUUUUAUAAAAUUUAAGAUCUCCAACUGCUAGCAGAAUUAAAAUUAAAGAAUAAACUUUAGAUGAUUCAUAAGAAAUUAUUGAUCCAAGACAUAGAUUACACAAAAUUCUACAAAAUAAAACAUUUUCAAUUAUGAUUGUCGAUGAUCAACCAUUUAAUGUUUUAGCUUUAAAAUUAUUGUUAUAAGAUAUUUCAUCAAAUGUUUCAUUUUUAGAGGCUUAUAAUGGAUAAUAAGCUAUUAAUAAAGUAAUUCUAAUAACUAUAUUUAUAGUUACAAACAUUUUAAAAAAGUAAAAACAUUAAAUAUAUUUUAAUGGAUCUCUUUAUGCCAAUUUUAAAUGGUUGGAAAGCAGCAUCUAAAAUACGAGAGAUGGUAUUAAUAUUAAAUAAAUUUAGAUUUCUAAAAAAUUAAUUGAGGAGGUAAAAAUAAUUGCAAUAUCAGGUUUUGAUGAUGAAAGUGAAUAAGAAAGAUGUGAAAAUGUUGGUUUUGAUGCUUUUAUUACUAAACCUGUUAAAUUAGAGAUGAUUGCUGAAGUAUUUGCAUAAUUAGAGUAUACUUGA